UACCACUACGAUUUUAUGUUGAAGUCGGAUGCGUUUUGGGGUGUCGUUCGAGGAGCCGGCAAGGUCUCCCGAUGCCUAAUACGCCAAGGAUGCGACGAAUUGGAGUUGAAGUGGAGAACGUCUAACGUAAACGACGUUCUACAACAACGGAUUACAGCGAGCGGAUUGAAUCGUUACUGUCGCUGUUCAGCGUCGAGCAGCAGGGAAGAUGAAAGUACAGACUCGGAAACCAUAGCAGAAUGGUCGGAGACUAUGUAUAACACCGAGUCUUUCAGUCAGACAGCCAGCCAGUGUGCGGACGGCGCAGCACCUGAGGAUGACGGAUUGAAAUCAAACCAUCAGCGAUCGACUAGUUUUUCGAGCAAUUCGGUAGGAUUUGUCGAGGUUCCGUUGACCGAGAGCGUAUUGGAGGACGCGAACAGUAAGCAUUUUGCGGCGGAGAGCUCAGAUGACGGUCGCUUUCGGAGAGCUGGUGAUGCCGGAGCUGCAGUGGAAAUGCCUGGCAAUGCAUCACAGACUUUGAACCCUCGAUCAAAAGAACGUGCUGUUCCUGCAUCAAGACUAGGACGUGCUUGGAGGUUCGGAGGAUUGGCAGCUGGUUUAACUGUGGGAGCACUAGCUGAGAGAAGCAGGAGAGUCGUUGGUUGGCAAUCAGGUAAUGAGCCCUUCUCUAGUAAGAGCUCUUUCCUCACUGAGCAAAACAUUGAGCGAAUUGUGGACACUCUGUGUCGAGUUAGAGGGGCCGCCCUGAAACUAGGACAGAUGAUAAGCAUCCAAGAUGAUGCAUUCGUAUCACCAGAAGUUCAAAAGAUAUUCGAUCGCGUACGAAGUAGUGCUGAUUUCAUGCCGACGUGGCAAAUGGAGAGAGUGUUGCGGGAUGAACUGGAGCAAGAUUGGAAAAGUAAACUUAAAACCUUUGAUUGUCGACCAAUGGCGGCAGCUUCAAUAGGUCAAGUUCAUCGAGGAGUGCUACACGAUGAUUGUGAAGUAGCCAUCAAGAUACAGUAUCCCGGUGUCGCACAGAGUAUUGACAGCGACGUGAACAACUUGAUGUCCGUCUUGUCGAUGGCCAAGAUAUUACCUGAUGGCCUGUUUAUCGAGAAGGCAGCCGUCGUAGCUCGCAAGGAACUAGCAUGGGAAACGGAUUACAUACGGGAAGCAGAGAGCGCCGAAAAAUUCAGAGUUCUUCUUGCCGAUGAUCCUACAUUUGUAGUACCACGUGUGAUACCCGAACUAAGCAGCAAACGUAUUAUAACAACAGAACUAGUGUAUGGCAUUCCUAUGGAUCAAGUGGUUCAACUUGAUCAACAGACAAAGACUGAAGUGGCUUACCAGAUGCUGAAGCUGUGUCUUCGAGAGGUAUUUGAGUUUCAGUUCAUGCAGACGGAUCCUAACUGGUCAAACUUUUUUUAUAACAUUGAAACGAAGAAGAUUGCUCUUUUGGAUUUCGGUGCAAGUCGUGGCUAUUCCAAAUCAUUCACUGAUCCUUACUUUCGAAUAAUUAAAGCAGCCGCGGAUGGAGACAGGGCAACAGUAAUUGACAUGUCUAAACAGAUAGGAUUUCUGACUGGAUACGAGAGCAAGGCAAUGAUAGACGCUCACACUGAUGCAAUCAUCAUUCUUGCGGAGCCUUUCGCUUCGAACGAGCCGUUCGAUUUCAAGAAACAAGAUAUGACUAAACGGGUUCAGGCCCUUUUGCCUAUUAUGCUAGAGCACAGACUAACUCCGCCACCGGACGAGAUUUACUCUCUUCAUCGGAAACUAUCCGGUUCGUUUCUACUUUGUACAAAGCUAGGUGCCGAAUUUCGUUGUAAACCACUGUUAGAUAACGCGUGGGAGAAUUACACAUUUGGAGAUUAGAAUUACGUACAAGAAGUUUGAAACCGUGAAUGACAUCGAUUAACAAGCUAUCCGGGAUACGAGUUACCUAGGAUACAGGUUACCCGAAUUUGGUUUAUCCGGGAUAGAAUAUCCGGGACAUGGG